AGAAUUGGUAGAUAAAUAAGCAGCUGUCCAGCAUUUCAUUCAGUAUUUAUUCCUCGUCCACCUUUGGUUCACUGGCUGACAUUUUCUAAAAUGGCUUACAAACUGUAUUAUUACGACAUUCGGGGUGGUGCAGAGCCGAUUAGGAUGAUUCUGUCGUACGGUGGCGUCCAAUUUGAGGACAUUCGUGCCCCCAUGUUCCCACUCCCACCCAAGUUGCCCAAGGAAAUUAAGGAAAAAACGACAUGGGGAACAAUUCCACUGAUGGAGUUUGAGGGAAAAAAAUUAAACCAGUCGCUUACAAUUAGUCGCUACUUUGCCAAAAAAUUUGACCUUGCGGGAUCCAACGACUUUGAAGCGGCUCUAUGUGACGAGUACGUGGAUACGUUGAUCGACUAUAUAAAACGUAAGGAGCAAUUGUACAUUAACAAAUUUGCCUCAAAAUUCUGUCUUGUUCAAAGUGAUGACGUGAAUAAUUACGCAGCUUGGCUUCCCAUCCUGAUGGAGCAGGAUGAAGUCAAACGGAAGGGGCUGGAGCAGGAGCAGAAGGUCAAAUGCAAGGAACAGUACAUGGACAAGUUUGAGAAAAUCGUGAAUGACAACGGGGGCCGUUUCCUGGUGGGAAAUAAGUUGACCUGGGCAGACAUUUAUCUGGCACAUGUGCUCAACAGUGGGGAACUAAAUCACGGGGUAAGGUUUAUUGACGAAUAUCCAGCCCUCAAGGCCUUGCACGACAAUGUCAUGAGGACUCCAGGGAUCAAGGAAUGGAUGGCGAAACGGCCGCAUACCAAGUUAUAAAUUUUUGCAAGUGUUGCGCAAAUUUUUGGUGUUUGUACAACAUAUUUCAGAAUUAAAUAAUUUAUCACUUGGAAAAUAAUGAAUUAAUUAAACCUUGUUCAGCAAAAUGUUGCAUUUGGUGGAUUUUAUUUUUAUCGUGAAACUGUAACAAGCUUGUUCUGGUGCAUAUAUACAAAUCUUCUUAAAUGAAUCGAUUUUCUAAUCUACAUUUUUGCGAUAAGAAAUAAAUGAAAAGUAAGUAUGAUUACAACGAUAAUUUUGAGUUAAUAAGUUGAUUGUGUAAAAAAUGGUAAUACUCAAAUCACUCACGAUCACAAUACUGACUUGUUUUUAUAAAAAAUUAUUUUUGGACAAUUUUCAAUGAACACAAGUACACGAAAACUUAAUACAGAAAUGUUUCCUAUUUCAAGAUAAACUGCGAAACUUUGCUAAUUUUUCAAAUUCCCGCAAUUUAUAAAAGGUUUACAAACAUUUAUUUGCAUAACGUUUUUAUACAGAUGUACAUACGUAAAUAAGUAAAAAUUGUGUACCAUGUCAGUGUAGCCAUGAAUAGAUGCAGAAUCUGCUGGGAAACCUAUAAGAUUUAUUUUACAUCACUAUGGGCUAAACAGUAUUUGAGUAAACUACA